CCAAGGUUUAGAUGUGAUGGCAGAAGGUCUAGACACGUUAAAAAGCAUGGCCCAGGAUAUGAAUGAGGAAAUGGAUAAGCAAGUCCCUCUGAUGGAUGAGAUAGACACUAAGCUGGACAGGGCAACAUCUAACCUUAAGAAUACCAACGCUAGACUCAAGGACACUGUUAAUCAGCUGAGGUCAAGUCGAAAUUUCUGCAUUGAUAUUAUUCUGUUGUGUAUAAUUCUGGGAAUUGCAGCCUAUUUAUACAAGUAAGUUUUUCUUUCUCCAUCAAUGGAAGG